AUGUGUCCACACACUUCGCACGCUCUGUAUACAGGGUACGCUAUCAAAGUUUUGUGCCUGAUUUUCCUGCAAAAUCAAGUCGAUUCAAAACCGGUGGAUAGUUCGCAAUCGGCCUCUGGCGAAUUGGCGCAAACGUCUUCGCAAGUGCAGGAACAGCAGGUCGGCGAAACCGCGUCCACGGCGCAGCCGGCGUCCGGCAGCCAAACCACCCAGGAAGCGUCCAGUUCCAAGGAGACGCCCUCGUCGGCUGCGGCUUCGACCUCGACCACGGCGUCGUCGGUGGAGACCAAGUCCAGCACCCCGGCUCCGGCCGCCGGAUCCGAGAAGAAGAACGACAACUCGGCCAGCACAGUCAUGGUGGCUAAUUACGGUUUAUUAGUUCUUGGUGCUUGUUUACUCAUGAAGAUGUAG